CUGAUCAUUCAGAGAUAAAGGAGGAGUGAAAAUGACAUUUGUUGCAGCCAUCACCGAAUAGUAGUGAAAAUUCGAAUCGUAUUGCUCGCAUUACUGCUAAAAAUGUAUCGUUUUGUGUAUUCUAUUUAGAUGCGAAGUGGUUAUUCGUAUAAUUGAAUGGUUUAUGUACGCAAUGGAAAAAAAUAAAUCUCCCAUACGCCGCGCAAAACGUCAAUCAAAAGUUGUGGAGGAGAAUUUUUGGGAUUGCAGUGUAUGUACAUAUAGAAACACGGCGGAAGCAUUCAAGUGCUUAAUGUGCGACGUACGGAAAGUUUACUCGGUUCCAGGCACAUCGACCCGCAAGCCUCGCCUUAACUCGGCGCUUGUGGCACAACAGGCAGCGACACAGGCCUUCCCGGGCGCUUCAGGUACUCCAUCACAAAACUCGAAAUCUCCAGGCAGUAAAACAUCACGUAAUAAAAACAAACGAUCCAAAUAUCCUGCCCGAUUGAAAAACAUCGACCGGUCUAGUGGACAGACGCGAGAAGUUACGGUAAAUUCGGUCACGGUAGUUAUAACUGAGUAUAAACCGAAGUCAUCGGUAAGCAGGCAUGAUUCAAGUGAAAGCUUUAGUGAAAGUAACGACUCUAGAAGUUAGAUCAAUUGCCGGAGGAUAGAUUCUUUAUAUGACGGAGUUAAUUUAUUACUGAGAAUCACAUUUCGACUGAAUUUGUAAGGCAUUGACCUUUUUUUCUUUAUGUUAGAAGAUGUGAAUAAUAGUUUCUAACUGCUCAAUGUUCUGUUGUUUAAUUUAUUUUGCUUUUGGAUAUAGUAUCUGUAUUUUAUUGUAUUUUAAAGCAGUUAACGACAAGGUUUCGUUAUUUACUUAUUCUAGUAAUUUGGCAACCAUCAAAUAUUAUGUAACAAUUUACAAACGUUGAUAUUAAUUCUACCAAUUAUAAAGAAAGCAUACAAUUACUAUAUUACGCAAAGUGUACUGAUAAAUGUAAAUUUUCUUUAAGGAAUAGUGAUGUCUAAUAUAAUUUUCUGAAUCGCAUCAUUUCAAUUA